AUGUGUGCCAGGUGGGGGUUUCUGCCCCAAUUUGGGGAUGCACUGGGGGCGGGGACAGAACACCCUGCUCCAUGUGAGGGCGCAUUGCCCUGUUUUGGGGGUUGCAUGGGGCGUCCCCGCCCCGCUUCGGGGUUCCCCACCCCGGGUCCUUUGCGGCUGUUGCUCCCGGGGGGCCGGGCCGGGGCGGUCCUGCGGAGCCCCGUUAAAGCAGCGGCGGCCGGAGGCGGCCCGAGGAGGCGGCGAUGGGCAGCGAGGGGCAGCGGGGCCCGGCGGCGGCCCCGGGGCAGGGCGACCCUCGGGCGCUGCGGAGGGACUGUCAGCAUCGAAUUUUUGUCAACCGGAGCCUGGCACUGGAGAAGAUAAAAUGCUUCGGCUUUGACAUGGACUACACCUUGGCCAUGUACAAGUCCCCUGACUAUGAGGAGCUGGCCUUUGCCCUGCUGCUAGAGCACCUCGUCUCAAUUGGGUACCCCCAGGAGAUCCUCUCCUACAAGUACGACCCCACCUUCCCCACCCGGGGACUGGUGUUUGAUGCCCUGUACGGGAACUUGCUGAAGGUAGACUCCCACGGGAACCUGCUGGUCUGUGCCCACGGCUUCCGCUUUCUCAAGGGGCCCGAAAUCCUCCACUAUUACCCCAACAAGUUCAUCCAGAGAGAUGACAUGAAGCGUUUUCACAUCCUCAACACCCUCUUCAACCUCACGGAGGCCCACCUCUAUGCCUGUCUUGUGGACUUCUUCACCAACUGCUCCAGAUACCUGAACUGUGACACUGGCUACAAGCACGGGAACCUCUUCAUGUCCUUCCUCAGCAUGUUCCAGGAUGUGCGUGAGGCAAUGGACCAUGUCCACCUCUCGGGCUGCCUGAAGGAGAAGACACUGGAGAACAUAGAGAAAUAUGUGGUGAAGGAUCCCUGUGUGCCGCUGCUGCUGAGCCGCAUGAAGGAGGUGGGGAAGGUUUUCUUGGCCACCAACAGUGACUACAACUACACUGACGCCAUCAUGUCCUACCUGUUUGACUUCAGUGAGGGAAAAAAGGCCGGGACCCAGCAGCGCCCUUGGCGCUCCUACUUUGACCUCAUCGUGGUGGACACCCGUAAGCCACUCUUCUUCGCUGAGGGCACCGUCCUGCGCCAAGUCGACACGGACACGGGGAAGCUGCGCGUCGGGACGUACACCGGGCCGCUCCAGCACUGCGCCAUCUACUCUGGUGGCUCCUCAGACCUGGUGUGUGACCUGCUGGGUGUGAAGGGCAAGGACAUCCUCUACAUGGGGGACCACAUCUUCGGGGACAUCCUCAAGUCCAAGAAGCGGCAGGGCUGGCGCACCUUCCUGGUGGUGCCUGAGCUGGCCCGCGAGCUGCAGGUCUGGACGGAGAAGAGCGAGCUGUUCGAGGAGCUGCGGAGCCUGGACCUCUUCCUGGCAGAGCUGUACCAGCACUUGGACAGUGGCAGCAGUGAACGCCCAGACAUCAGCUCCAUCAAGCGUCGCAUCCAGAAAGUCACACACGAGAUGGACAUGUGCUAUGGGAAGAUGGGCAGCCUCUUCCGUUGCGGCUCUCGCCAAACGCUUUUCGCCAGCCAGCUGAUGCGCUAUGCGGACCUCUACGCCGCCUCCUUCAUCAACUUCCUCUACUACCCCUUCAGCUACCUCUUCCGGGCACCCCCUGUCCUGAUGGCCCAUGAGUCAACGGUGGAGCAUGGCCUGCGGGACUCAGCAGAGGCUGGCACAGCCCUGGCACCCUGGCUGGCACAGCAGAGCCACCCCGGCCAGCAGGUUGCUGGAGGCAUCCAGGAUGCCAGUGGGGGUGAGGAGGAGGAGGAGGAUGGAGAAGCCUGAGCCUACCCCAGUAUCUGUGGCUGCUGAGCUGGCAAGUGCCAGCCCCCAGGAAGGCAUUUGGUGGCCCCAAAUCACUCAAGGAUCCAAGCCACCUAUGGGCAGUCAUCACUUCCAGGUGCUGCUCGUGUCUGGUGUCACAUCUGUCCCC